AUGGGUUAUACAAGAAGUCGGCUACAGUAUAACCGACAACGUCGCGCUGCUAUUCGGUCUUCAUUAGGAGGUAGAAGAUGCUCCAACGAGGUUGAGGGCCUGCUGCAUAUCAGAGACGAAAACGCCCAGAGAGGCAGCAUCCUGUUCAUGGUGGAGCGUUUCGUGGAUUUCGGAUGCAAAGAACCACGCGACCGCAUUGCCGUCAUGGCCGGGAUGCAACCUCGGCUGCGGGAUGUCCCAGCCACAGCUUUGGCGAUUGGUUACACUUCUACUGACCAAGUCAUGUUUCUACGCUUCGCACAGCAUCUCGUUGACCGCGAAUUUGGCCUGGCGCUGUUCUGGCUAGCCGCUGUUAAAGGUCCCAAGCGGUCUCCAUGGCACUUCUACAACUGGGCAGUUGGUCAGGAUGAAAAGAUCCACAUACCUGGUUCCGCGGCAGUCUUUCGGGACGUUCCCUUGCCGGUUGCCAUCCCGAAGGAUCGAGGCACCUUUUUCGUGGACCAGAACGCGGCACGCGCCCCUGAGUUCCCUUUCACGCCGCUGUUUCGUGCUACGGCAUCGAUGAACCCAUCUUUUCGCUUUGAUGAUAUUGAUAUCUUGGUGAACCGGAACAGCCUUAGAAAGCUCCUCGAUUUCUCUGCGGGCCGAAGUCAAGACAGUUUUUGCGUCAUCCUACACCUCGUCCACCGAACUCUGGUUAUUGAGCGUUGCGAGAGGACCGCCCGCGAGCUGAUCAGUGGUUCCAAGAACUCUGGGUGGGGCAGAAACUUCGAGCGGAUAUUCACGAAAUACCCGCUUGGGCUUGAAGACAGUACGGCAUAUCAUCGGGCUCUUGAUACCAGCUGGGUGAUCUCACAUGCGUCCAAAUGGGGCUGGUGGCUCCUGCACGCUGCAGGCAACGAUUGGUCGUCUGCCCUUGCACUGUGA